GUCGGUCCCACUCUGCGGCGGGGCGGCGGGGCGGUUGCUGUCUCAUUUACACACUUUCUGUCUUUCUGUUGUGUUAAACGGGGUUUUCAACGGUUGGACCGACGCUAACGGCGACAUUUUGAAUGUUCGCCUUCACGGAUUUCAGCUGAUCCGGAUAACGGACCACUUCCGGUUUGGAGAUGAACGCAGAGAUGAGCUUCAGUUAAGGUCGAGUCUCACUGCAGGACAUCAGCAGAGGACAGACAGACAGACAGACAGAGAGUGAGACAGACAGGUGGAGAGUGAGACAGGCAGAGGGGUCCAGAUGGGGAACAGCGCCCUGAAGUCUCACCUGGAAACCUCCCAGAAGACCGGCGUGUUCCAGCUGACAGCGAAGGGUCUCCAGGAGUUUCCAGAGGAGCUGCAGAGACUCACCAGCAACCUGCGGACCGUCGAUCUGUCCGGGAACAAGAUCGAGGAACUUCCUGCCGCCGUGGGGAACUUCCUGCAGCUCAAGAGCCUGACGCUCAACUCCAACCGACUCACCGGUCUCCCCGCUGAGAUCGGGAAGCUGAAGAAGCUGGAGACCCUGAGUCUGAACGGGAACCGGAUCCAGCAGCUGCCCCCGGCGCUGGGCCAGCUCCGAGCGCUCAGAACCCUCAACCUGUCGGGGAACCAGAUCCUGGAGUUCCCCCCCGGCCUGGGGACCCUGAGACACCUGGACCUGCUGGACCUGUCCCGCAACCAGAUCCGGAGCGUCCCCCCCACCGUGUCGGAGCUGCAGACCAUCGAGCUCAACCUCAACCAGAACCAGAUCUCGGUGCUGUCGGCGGAGGUGUCCCGCUGUCCCCGUCUGAAGGUCCUCCGUCUGGAGGAGAACUGUCUGGAGCUGUCCUCCGUCCCGACGUCCGUCCUCAGCGACUCGCAGGUGUCCCUGUUCUCCGUGGAGGGAAACCUGUUCGAGGUGAAGAACCUCCGAGACCUGGAGGGCUACGACAAGUACAUGGAGCGCUUCACCGCCACCAAGAAGAAGUUCGCCUGAAGACGCUCGCUGGUCCUCGGGGACGAGACGCAGACGCUGCUUCUUCUUCUUUGGCUAAAAACAGAGUUCACACAGCCGGAAACACCCCCUCCCCCUCGUCCCUCCCUGCUGCUGGACGGAGAGAGACAGGCAGAGACUGAGAGAGGGACACACUGAUGGACGGACUAACACACGGACAGGUGGACGGACAGACACAUUGAUGGAUGGGCAGACAUGGACAAACAGACACACAGACCGAUAGUCAUGGACAGGCAGACAUGGACAGACAGACAUGGACGAACAUGGACAGACAUGGAGACAUGGACAGACAUGGACAGACAUGGACGAACAUGGACAGACAUGGAGACAUGGACAGACAGACAUGGACAUGCAGACAUGGACAGACAUGAACAGACACAGACAGACAUGGACGGACAGACAUAGACAGACAUGGACAGACAUGGACAUG